UUUCCCGAUUGGGCGGUUUUGUCCGUGUCUGCAACCCCAGCUUCAACAACCAAGUUUUCUCACGCCCCCAAGAAUCUUCCUUCGUCCUCUUCUUUCUCUGCUCCUCCCCAAGCGUACAUGUUUGCAAAACAGACCUUGUCAGCACCCCAAUCCCUCCUCUUCUUGUUUGGUGAAAAUGGCAAGUCCUGCUCGUGAACAACCCACAGCUGAGCAAACUCAGGAUGCACCAACGGUCGAGGUGGAUGAGGACGAGGCCGAUUCCGCCUAUGGUGGCGAUGCUUCCACUGCUAGCACCUCUCUGAGAACCAAUGUGCUGAAGUACGAAUGGAAGCACGGGCGCCGCUAUCACAGCUACCAGGCUGGGAGCUAUAGCUUCCCCAAUGACGAUCAAGAACAAGACCGUUUGGACAUGAUCCACCACGUCUACUACCGGGCGCUUAACAACCGCCUCUUCCUGGCGCCUAUCGACCCCAAUGGGCUAAAGAUCCUCGACAUUGGUACAGGCACAGGGAUCUGGCCCAUCCACGUCGGGGAUGAGCAUCCCGAAGCUUCCCUGAUUGUUGGGAACGACCUAAGCGCCAUCCAGCCAAAAUGGACCCCGCCGAACGUGAAGUUCAUCGUUGACGAUGUUGAACUGGACUGGAUCGAGACUGAGACCUACGACUACAUCCACUGCCGAUACAUGGCCGGUUCCAUCCGUGACUGGCCGCGGCUGGUGCGGCAGAUCUAUGAUAACUUGAAGCCCGGCGGCUGGGUCGAGUUUCAGGAGUCGGCAAACACGAUGUACUCGGAAGACGGCUCGCUCGCAAGCGACAACAUGAUGGUGAAGAUGAUGGACGGUCUCAUGGAGGCGUGCGAUAAGAUUGGACGAACCUUGGAUCCCGCGCCGUCCAUGAAGUCGUGGGCUGAGACGGCGGGAUUCGCGAAUGUGAAAGAGCAGAGGUUCAAAAUUCCUGUCGGAAGCUGGCCAAAAGACCCGAGGCUGAAGGAAAUUGGAUCUUUCAUGGUUUAUAAUUUUGCGGAGGGAGUCGAGGCGUUCACCGCCGUGUUGUUCAAAGACGUCCUAGGAUGGAGUCAAGAGGAGAUUGCUGUUCUCAAUGCUGGAGUAAGGGCUGCAGCGCGACGAAAAGAUGUACACACCUUGUUUGACUUUCUCGUCAUAACUGGACAGAAGCCAGCAUGAGCCGUGUCUUUCUCAUCGAACUUCCCUUUUCCCAUUUUUCGUUGAGCUUCACUAGGUGUUCGCACAUUUUCCACUAUUUGCAUGCCCUUUCCAAGUAUGUUAUGCUAGACAGACCCUUACCUGCUAAAGCCAAUGCUGCUGUGGCUAUCGCCAUCGCCGUCGUGAACUCCCA